AUGGGGGGUGCAUCGCCAUCUUCCAGCAAGGCUGUGUCGGAGCGUCGGCCAGCCGAAGACGAGCACGCCGACUCGGACACCAGUUCGGGCUCGGACAACGAACGCGCCGGCGCAGGGAGUGCGCCCAAGAAGGUCUCGUGUCAGCCGUGUCGCGAAGCCAAAGUCAAGUGCAUUCCCUCGCCUACGGGUGCAUCGUGCACACGAUGCGUCAAGCUGGACCGGGAAUGCAUCUACCGUACACACAAGCGCGGGCGCAAGCCGGGCAAGAUCAAGCUGCAGCAGAUCCUGCGACGGCUCGAGCUGCUCGACCGCACGCUCGACGAGCUGCGCACGCUCAACAAGCACGUCGCGGAUCCGGACGCAUCGAGCCUCAUCGAGACGCUCACGUGGCAGCUGCACCGGUCCAAGUUCUUCACCAAGGGCGCCGUCGCCGACGCCAAGUCGAUCAAGGCCAUCAAGCGCGACGAGGGCACGCCGCCGAGUCUGGCCUCGCCACAGCCGCUGCCCACCGCAGGCGCGGCGUGGGAGCGCGAGAGAGCAAGCUUGUCCCAGGGUAGGGGCGAGAUGCAGCGGUCGCGGUCGGACUUCAACAUGUUGGUGGAUAUGGAGGACCAGGCGUCGGUGUCGAGGGUGCCCGACGAGUUCCCCACGCUCUCGAACCCGCUCAAGCUGCUGGCCCAGGCGAGCAGCGACGAAAGCGCACGGCGACGCAAAGGUAGCGUGGGCAGAUCCGGUCUGCACAGGCAGGCGAGUUUGGGCGCCGAACACGCUCCCAGCAGCGAUGAAGCCGACGGCACCACUCGCGCACGAUCGCAGCCCCAGGCCGGAUUCCACACCGACGAAGAAGCGCAAGAGGGCCCACGCAAACGACGCCGCUCGCAGUCGCCACCCUCUUCCUCCGCCGACGUCGCACCGCACACCGGAGCUGUCGAGCGCAGUACAGCCGCGCGGCGUGGAGACGAGGGGGCAUCGGCCUCGAGCUGGGCGUCGACCUACUUUUCGCGCGGCGCCUUCCACCCGGUGUACGACAACCGGCAAGAAUUCGACCCUAUCGACCAGGGCCUGCUCACCGUCGCACAGGCGGAACGACUCAUCACGAGCUUCUACGCGACGUUCGGCACGUUUAUGCACAUCUUUGACCCGGAGCUGUCGAGCAUCACGUACAUCCGCAAGCACUCUGCGUUUCUGCUCACGGUCAUCUGUGCGCUCUCUGCCGAAUUCGAGCCGUCCACCUCCUCCGCCGCGGUUCAGGAGGAAUCGGCGGCACUGGCGGUCGGGUUGCGGCGGCAUUACGAGGCGAUGAUCAGCUGGAUCACCGCGGGCGACUACAAGAACGUCGAGAUGGCCCAGGCGUUCUUUUUGCUGGCGAGUUAUCGGCCCAUGUCGGAGAGCGCCAUGUCGGACCAGACGUGGCUGUUCCUUGGCACGGCCAUCCGCAUCGCGACGGAGCUCGGGUGCAAUCUGGUCUGCUAUUCGUACUCUACGCCUGCGGUGCAUGCGAAUCAGCACUACCAGCGCCAGCUGCGCAAUACCGAGCGGCUGUGGAUCAAUCUGUGGAACCUGGAAAAGACGCUGGCGAGUCAGACGGGCCAGCGCAUGCACUUGGCCGACGAGGGUGUGAUUGCCACCUGCAGUCGGUGGCACAGCAUGCCACUCGCGCUAAGGCAGGACGAGGCGUUGGUGGCGCAGAUCGAGCUGCGCCGGAUUAUGAUUGCGCAGGGGGACCAUUUCAACACGCAUGUGCUGCGCAGUCUGGGAGCGCGGCGUCGGGUUGGCGAGCCUGUGCGCGAUCGCGGGGAGGAGGACGCAGGCGUGGCCGAGAGGGACCAGCUGACGCUGCAGCUGAGCUACUUCCGCAACUCGGUGCACAUGGAUCUCAAGCGGUGGGAGGAACGCUGGCUCUCCACCACGUCCACCUCCCCACCCAGCCCUCUUCAAAUCACCGGUCCGCUCUCACUCGACUACGCAGCGCUCGUCACGUACGCACUCGCGCUACCCAUCAGCUACUCUGUCGACGUCACAGCCGAGUUGGCGCAGCUGUACAGACACUGCUACAUCAGCUGCACCAACUACAUGGCGACGUUCAUCGACCGCAGCCAGCGCGGAUACAUGGACCACGUCACCAACUCGUUCAUCGUCUCCACCGUCUAUGCGGUGGUCUUUGCACUCGACCUGUCCCGGCGUCAUGCGGUGCAGCAGCGUCGCGGACAGAAGGUGGGCGAGGUGAAUUUGGGAUUCGUCUCGCGCUCGAGGGUGCUUAAUCUCGCUAGGCUCACCGCGGGAGAGCUGGAUAAGAUCGGCAGCGCACGCACCGCGCGCAGCGGCAAGAGCAUCGCGUCCAAAUACAGCGUCUUCCUCAGCGGCGUACUCAGCCGCUUUGACCCGGAACCACAAACGAGCUGUGCCGAUGCAGCGCGCGACGACCAGGGUGCGGCGUUACGUGGGCUUGGCAAUCCUUCAACCCCGAGGGAGGAUAGGCCGGAUCGUGCACCCGAGUCGUCACGACACCUUCGUCGGGAUCAUAACCACCCCAUGCCACCAACGGCGCCAGGCACAAAAGCCUCGCACAUCUACUCUAGCAACAUCCACUUUUCGCCCCACCUCGCUGCAUCCUGGCCUGCCCAACCCGCGCCCACAUCCACAUGGACGGAUCAAUCGCCCGGCACCACCUCGACCGCUUCCACAGCACCACAAGGAGCCGGGUUGAGCCCAGCCUCGUGGUUCAACGUCAACAUUCCCCAUCCCGCCACUGGGGCGCUGGAGCCACCACCGGCGCUGGAUCCGCAGUGGGAAUGGAUGAUGAAGGAUCUGGAUUUCUUCGCCGUCGACGGCGGUGGUGGAGGCGGCGAACCGAUCCUGGAUCAAAUGGGUCGAUUGUUCGGCUGA